CGGAAGUGACGCAACUUCUCAGGGCACUUCCGGAGCUGCGGGACUGCUCCGCCGAAGGAAGCAGCGCGGGGUCGACCCGCAGCCUCCGCAGUCGCAGCGUCCGAGUCAGACCUCACUGGCCCAUCUUGUCCUGCUCUGGCCUGCCGGGGCUCUGCGGCCGCGGGGUCGCGAUUCCCGGUGGAAAUCAUACGACAGAAUAUUUGGGUGAUGUCUACCUGAAAGAUCUUCAAAAAUUACUGACUGAGUCUCACUAUACAAUCCAGGCUGGUCUUGAACUCUCGAUGAUCCUCCUGCCUCAGCCUCCCAAGUGGUGGGAUUAAAAGCAUGCUCCAGCAAGCCCAGCCUUCAUGGUGAAUUUAAGAAUACAAAAACACUAAUGCAUUUGAGAAAGCGGUGAAGUUUGAGGGGAGAAAAAGCAACUGCUUUCGUGAUUUGCAACUUAACUGGAUGCAAAGAUGUCAGUGGACAUGAAUAGCCAGGGGUCUGACAGCAAUGAAGAGGACUAUGACCCAAAUUGUGAGGAGGAAGAGGAAGAGGAUGAGGACCCUGGGGACAUAGAGGACUAUUAUGUGGGAGUAGCUAGUGAUGUGGAGCAGCAAGGGGCUGAUGCCUUUGAUCCGGAGGAGUACCAGUUCACUUGCUUGACCUAUAAGGAGUCUGAGGGUGCCCUCAAUGAACACAUGACUAGCUUGGCCUCUGUUCUAAAGGUAUCUCAUUCAGUUGCCAAACUUAUAUUAGUUAAUUUCCACUGGCAAGUCUCAGAGAUAUUGGACAGAUAUAAGACCAAUUCUGCUCAGCUGCUUGUUGAAGCUCGAGUUCAGCCUAAUCCAUCAAAACAUGUCCCCACAGCCCAUCCUCCUCACCACUGUGCAGUGUGUAUGCAGUUUGUGCGGAAGGAAAACUUACUCUCUCUGGCCUGUCAGCACCAGUUUUGCCGCAGCUGCUGGGAGCAGCACUGCUCAGUACUUGUCAAGGAUGGCGUGGGUGUGGGAGUCUCUUGUAUGGCUCAGGACUGUCCACUCCGUACACCAGAAGACUUUGUGUUUCCGUUGCUUCCCAAUGAAGAAUUGAGAGACAAAUACAGGCGCUACCUCUUCAGGGACUAUGUGGAGAGUCAUUACCAGCUUCAGCUGUGCCCUGGUGCAGACUGCCCCAUGGUUAUUCGGGUACAGGAGCCUAGAGCUCGCCGAGUGCAGUGCAAUCGGUGCAACGAGGUCUUCUGUUUCAAGUGUCGUCAGAUGUAUCACGCCCCCACAGACUGCGCCACAAUCCGGAAAUGGCUCACGAAGUGUGCAGACGACUCUGAAACGGCCAACUACAUUAGUGCUCACACUAAAGAUUGUCCCAAGUGCAACAUCUGCAUUGAGAAGAAUGGAGGCUGCAAUCACAUGCAAUGCUCCAAAUGUAAACACGACUUCUGCUGGAUGUGUCUAGGAGAUUGGAAGACUCAUGGCAGCGAGUACUAUGAGUGCAGUCGGUACAAGGAGAAUCCUGACAUUGUCAACCAGAGCCAGCAAGCCCAGGCCAGGGAGGCCCUCAAGAAGUACUUGUUCUAUUUUGAGAGGUGGGAAAACCACAACAAAAGUUUGCAGCUAGAGGCCCAGACAUACCAGCGGAUUCAUGAGAAGAUUCAGGAGAGAGUCAUGAACAAUCUGGGGACUUGGAUUGACUGGCAGUACCUACAGAAUGCUGCCAAGCUCUUGGCCAAGUGUCGAUACACCCUGCAGUACACCUACCCAUAUGCAUACUACAUGGAGUCUGGCCCCAGGAAGAAGCUGUUUGAAUACCAGCAGGCUCAGCUGGAGGCUGAGAUCGAAAACCUCUCAUGGAAAGUGGAACGUGCAGACAGCUAUGACAGAGGGGACUUGGAGAACCAGAUGCACAUAGCAGAGCAGCGAAGGAGAACCCUGCUAAAGGAUUUCCAUGACACUUAAGUCGGAACAUGGAUGUGCCGGGCUGAAGAUGUGGCUGUGAGGUCUCCCAGAUGCCAUACUGCAUGCUGCAGACUUUGCCUUUUACGACCCAGGUUGCAGCCAGGGCCCAACUCCUGAGAGACACUGGCAACACACCUCUUAGUUGAUUUCUGUUUUCUUCUCAUCUUUGGCUUUUUGUUUCUACCAGGGUAGAGGCCAUGUUGAAUUGACCUCUUUUCAGGACUUUUAAUUCCCCCUGGAUGGUUGUUGGGAGGGAGGGAAUUUUUUUUUCUGAACGGCUAUUAAUAGAAUUAGAUCAUUACAACUUACGUAAUUUUCAAAGGUUGUGUAAUUAUUUUAAAAAAAGGCAAACCAUAGGAUAACACAACGCCCUUUUUAAAAAUAAAUUGGCAUUGGAGUGUUUUCACCUCUAGCUAUUUUAUUUAGAAUGUAACAUAUACUGCCCACCCAUCCUGCCUCAGAAUGUCUGCCUCUGCUUUCCAGCUUCACGUGUUUGGCCACAGCUGGAGUCUCAGGGGAAGAGCAUGGGUGGUAGAUGGUGGGGACUGACUUGAGUUGGCCUGUAUAACAGGCAUGGAGCACAGGGAAUCACAUAUUGCCUCCUGCCUUUCCUGGGCAAUGAAGAGACAGAACAGAGUCUUCUUUUCUUUUUUCUUUUUUUUUGGUACCGGGGAUCAAACUCAGGACCUUGUGCUUGUGAGGCAGGUAGACUGAGCUAAAUCCCUGGCCCUCAGAGUCUUCUUUCUGUGGGCUCAACUUUGUUCUUGAAACUAAGGGUUACCUGGAUCUGGCUACUGAGGCCAGAACCUGUAGUAGAUUAUAGGUGGGCUUGUAGCCCUCCAGACUAGGGGACAGUGGUUGAGCAUGGUGCUUCCUUUUGUCUCCUCAAGAUAGACAUCCAGGGCUAGGGAUUUAGCUCAGUGGUUCUGCUGCCUGCCUCGCAAGUGCAAGGACCUGAGUUCAAUCCCCCGGUACUAAAAAA